AUGGCUUCGGUCGCUUACAAGGACUUCCUCAAAGACGUCCUGGGAGGCGCUGCAGAUGAGAUCGAGGAACGCGACGAGAAGUUGCUCGGACAAAACUGCGACAUCUUCGCAAUUCCUGAGGACAAGGAGGAUUCCAAUGAGGAGGAGGAAAAGAUGGAGGACAAAGCAGGAGAGACUGUGUGCUUCGCGAUGGAUUCCUCAGAUGACGACAACGAUUCGGACGUAGACUCCGAAGAGUGGGACCUGGAGGACGCGUAUAACUUUGAUCCGGAGCGCGUUGCGGAGCUCUUGAAGAAUCCAGACGUUUCGGAGGAGGACCUGGUGGAAUCGCUUCAGGAGACCAUGGCCGAGGCGAUGAUCCUGCGGAUGACCGCGGAGGACCCGGAUGUGGAGGCCUCGCGCCCGACCUGCCAAGAAGACAUCAGCGGCCUCAUGACGCCUCCGGCGCAGCCGGCCACCUUCGAUGCGACGACGCCGGACCCCAAGGAGCUCUCCAAAAAGCUGGAGCAGGUGCCCGGCCGAGUCAGACGAUCCUCCAUCAAUCGACGCGGGGCCCUGGAUGACGUGGCGAAGUCGGCCGUCAAGAACCAUCGGAAGAGUAUCGCUUGCAUCGCCUCAGCCAAGAUGGGCAGUGACGAAGGCAACAAGGAUAAGAUCCAGCAGGCGCUCACGAACUCUAAGAAGCGCCACCGGAUGAGCAUGUGCAAAGCCGUGGAGAUGCUCGACCUCGCAGGAUUCAGGGAUGAAGAGGACAAGGAAGUCGUCAGCAACAAGCUGGAGACGCUGCAGAAGUGCGUCCUCAAAGCCAGGGCGCUGCAUCGCCAGACAGUGGCCAAGGUUGCCCUCGAGACGGUUGGUGGGGACUUGCUGCCGGCCUCCGAGCUCGCCAAGGCGGGCGAGGGCACUGCGGAGGCCUCCAAGGACGGCAAUGCCAAGGCCUCCAGCUCCGCAGAGAAGCCCAGGGUCAUCAGCAACCUCUCUGCGUCUGCGCGGGAGUUCAAGCCCUCGGCAAAGCAGGAGAGCAUCGAGCAGAAGAUCAAGAAUGCGGUGAAGGCCGCGCACCAGCGCGCCCAGAAAGAGCAGGGGACCGUCGAGCCACCACCCCGAGGCUAUGAUGAAUGGGGCAACCCCUAUGCACAGGGCUGGGGGUCGCAUUACCAGCAGUGCGACUACGGCUACGUGCAGGGCUAUGACCAGGGCUACAACACUGGCUACAACCAGAUGUACAGCCAAGGAUGCGGCCAGGCUUACGACCCAACCUGGAACAAUGGCUGCGGCUAUGCGCAGGGCAGCCCGCCAUGGCAGCAGAUGCCGCAGCAGCAGAACUGGAUGCAGGGCAAUCCUGGGCAGAACUGCUGGAUGACACCAGAAGGAGCUCAGGCGGCGUAUGGGUCCAACUGCUACAACUACUACGGGGGCAACUACGCCGGCUAUGGCCAGAGUCAGCAGCCUUCCUACGGAGGGCCACCUUGGCAAAACGCUGCCUGGGGAUCCGCUUAG